AUGUCCAAGAAGGUUGUUGCGUUGAUGGAUCCGAUGGGAAAUGAAAACAGCUAUGUUUCAAAAGUCCAACACAACACUAACUGGAAGUAAGUGUGCCUCUGUAAACAGUUUUAACUUGGCACAAGCUUCAAUUAAAAAAGUGAUUUAACAAAAAUGUAAUGUAUUAUUUCUACUAGUAUCUUUGAGGAUGUACAAGCCAGAAGAACAGGCCGCACAAUGGAGCACAUUAGAGCACAUGGAUAA